GCCGAGCCGAAAAUACUCCCCCACAACUCGAUAUUUUAAUCUUCGAUAUAAUCAUCUGAAGAAACAGAAAUGUACAAGUUCUCUAAUCUGUUCGAUGGUGAAACAAUUUAAUGACAACUCGAAUUUGUUGACUUUAUGAGAGGCUCUGUUGUUGAAGACGUAUUGUGUUUUUGGCACCCUUGACAUCAGUUUCGCCUCGUGUCUAUCUCUGAAGAGACUGAUCCCUCUUUAAUCACAAGCGAAAAGUCAACAAAAGUUUACGCCAGAGGUACAGCAAACUGGAUCUUAUCACCUAUAGAGGUCCAGAGGUCGAAACAGUGGCGAGAUGUUUCACGCUCUUUUAGAGCAUCUAUUCUUUUUGACCAACCAACACUGAUAUCUCUUUCUUAAGAUUGAUUUGUAACGUCUCGACUUGCGUUCAAGUUAAGGAAAUACUUUAUAGACUGUUAUUAAGAUGAUAAUCAAGUCAUCGCAACUGGUGUUACCUAUUGUUUUCCUGGGAAUUUUCGGAGUGCAAUUCGCCGUUGCCUAUCGUAAAUAUUAUGUGGAAGAUGAAUGUACAUCUCCAAACAAAUUCCAAAAAGUUUACUUCAGACUUCCAUCUUCUGGGCCUGAUUCUGUCGGAGAAUUACGUUCCAACAGGUUUGGAACUUAUUCACGGAUGGGGAGAAAUUGCCUCCUCAAGCUAGUACCUCCAGAAGGUUAUGGAGUCAUCAUAACAGUGCUUAGAGUCGAUUUCAGGAAUCACGAAGGCUGCAAAGAUUAUAUUAAAAUAUUCAAUCAAAGUGAAGAUGAUGAAAAAGGAGGAGAUAGACUCUGUGGUUUACAGGAACUUGGACUCAACGGCAAGACGUAUUUCUCAGAUGGUGAACUCAGACUUCUGUAUCACACUUCGGAAGGAGGAAUGGGUUUCAGCAAUGGAUUCAGGCUCAUAUUCACGGUCACAAAGCUGGAUACAGAGCCAAAUGCAUGUACAGCACCUGAGCAAUUCAAGUGUGACAAUACUCGCUGCAUCUGGUCUGGAGUGACAUGUGACGGAAUUAAUAAUUGUGGAGAUGGCAGUGAUGAGACUUCGGCUGAGCACCCUCACUGUCGUACGUACCAACAGAUUUACAAGAACUUCUUAUUUAGAUUAGCUGAUGUAACACCUGUUGCUAUCACUGCAGUUGUUCUUGGGAUCACAAGCUUUAUUGCUAUUCUUGUCGUCAUGUGUAUUUGCUGCUGUCGUUCGGAAUCGGACAAAGUAGCGAAACUUCCUUUAGUCGAAGAUUUCCCAUACAGACCCAAUGCCCCAUAUACCCCACUUCCAGGAUAUACCCCUCUUCCAGGCUACACAUACGGCUCGAUGAGUCCAAUGUCUGCACCACUACAACCAGUUCAUUCUCCGAAUGCACAAGCAUCUGCUCCAGAGAACCAAAACAUCUGCCCCAGCUAUACAAUGCAUCCUGGGAUUCCGUAUGUUCAACAAAAAGUUGAAAUUAGAUACGACAGACCUCCUCCAUACAGAGCUUGAAAUAUCUGAAUGCGAUGAAGUCUUUUAAGAAUUACAAUUGUCGUAAAAUAUCUCUGAAUUAGUGUUAACGUUGUUUGUCAGUGGCAUUUAAAAACAUUAUUUUAUGUUCAACGAUCGUAGCUUUUUUGUAUGUUUGUGAAAUUAUGCAUAUUCAUGUUUGUUUCUUUAUGUGUGUGUCGUUUCCGCAUUCACAAUUUCUAAAUUGAUCUGUUUAUAAAUGUGACUUCAAUAUUUCAUAAAAAAACCCCGCAUAAUUCCUUUUCAAACUUCCAGAUUAUUUUGCAAUGUCUGUAAAGUGCAUUAAUCGGAUAAUCUAGUCGUUUCUAAUUCUCUUCAAAUGAAGAAAAAUGGAAUCAAAAUUGCAUUUGUGAAGGAUAAAAAUGCAUUAAAGGAGUGUUUUAAAAUAUAUAAUGAUUUUUUUUUUAAACAGAAGAUUAGUAAAUGUGUAUUUAUUAUUUCGAGAAAAUUUCAUGAUGAAAUAUUUUACAACAGGAAGUACUUUUGGAUUCUACCUCAACUUCAAAGCAUAUUCAAUCAAUAAUUCACUGUAAAUAAAUGCACAUUCUCAUUACCCUUCCCAUGUUUUUCGAUGUCUUUCUAAAUAGUUUGGCUUUUUGAUAUGCCUACAUACCAAAUGACACUUUAUCUUAGAUUAUUCUCUAGAAAUUAUAAAUUUUCUAGUCCAUUUCGGUUGCUUCAUUAUAAGACAUAUAAUGAAAAUAUAAUAAAUAAUAUUGAAAAACUUUAAAACAAUAGUAAAUAGUACCAAUAUAUUACAGAUACAGAAAGUAUGUUUCCUCCCGUUUCAUUUAAACCAUGUGAAGGAGUUUAAUUAGAGAACGUUUGUGACAGAAUAUACAAAAUGCUUUAUUCAUAUUAUUUUUCUAAGAAAAAAUAAUGAAAAUAUUUAGUAAUGAUUCAAAUUGUAAAAUAUCAGACUCCUUAUAAUAUGAAUUUUCUGUAUUGAUUUGAUGAUAUGUUUGUUUUGUUCUGAUUAAAAACCGCCAGCAGUUAAAAAACUUCUAUAAGUUAACUUUUAUGUUCUAAAUUAACAGAUCUUAUACACAAUUUUAUCUUGAGGACCCAAAAGUAUAAUAAUUAAGUACAUGUAUCUGACGUACAACUGAAGCUUUAAAAUAUUUAGAGGUUUUUUUCCUAUUGUAUACUGUUCUUUACCGAGAGUAAAUCAACUUUCAUCAAUAACACAAAAGCGUGAUAUCGAAUUUAUAUAUUUCUGUUGGUAUUUUGUCAGCUUUAGUUUUGGUAAUUUAUAUCAAUUAUUACUUUUUAUGCUUAGUUUAUAGUUGUUUUUAAUUUUAACUGUACAAAAUUCGUAUAUGUGUUUUAAUUAUUUCAAAAUGUUACCGUUCAUGAAAGUAAUUUGUUAAUUUUAAUUUUAUGAAACAUUAUACUCAUAUUGUAGUACUCAGUAUUAAAAUGUCAGAACUAUUAACAAAAAAUCUUAUUUUCCUACGACUGUCAGCUAGUACUCUCUAUUGUUAUCUUUUUCUAACAGUUUUUAUUGCUCUUGUAAAAAUUAAAUAAUAUGCCUACCAUGUUUCUGAUUAUGAUUUCGGAAAUAAAAGAAUACUACUAUAAAUGUUUAUGAAGCUUUCAAUCC